AUGGCGCUCCGGCGCUUACAUUCGGCGACUGGACCCAUCAGCAGGAUUUGGUACCACCGUCUUGCCUCCACGUCCGAUGUGUGGAUCCUGAGCAGCUCAGCAGCCUCGUCUGGUUUAGUGCCGCGGCGUGCAGCCUCCUCUUCGUCGAAGGUCCCCGCUGCCCCAUUUCCCAUCUUUACCAACAUCAAAGACUAUCGCAAAUGGCGGAAACAUGUGCAACGCUCAGCCAUACUUUCCUCGUCUUCAUCUUCAUCCUCCUCUUCGUCCUCCUCGGCGGAAGCGUCUUCCGCUGAGCUUGCAGCCGAAGAGGAAGCCGGAUCCGUCGGCUUCGUACCCACCAUGGGAGCUCUCCACGCUGGACACCUGGAUCUUGUUCGUCGCUCCUUGAGAGAGAACAGACACACGGUCGUCUCCAUAUUUGUGAACCCAGCACAAUUUGCCCCCACGGAGGAUCUGGCGUCCUACCCUCGCACACUCGAAAGCGAUAUUGCCUCCCUCGUUGGGCUGGAGAAGGAGGUGGAGCUCGCCUCCUCCUCUACAACCUCUACUUCAACAGACGGCCGAGAAGGUGGCAAUGGAGGCAAAAUUUCUGCCAUCUUCUGUCCCGACGUGAGGGAGAUGUACCCCCCUUUACCAGGCACACAGACGCCCUUUACGCAGAACGUAGCUCAGCAGCAAGGGGCAUUCAUUGAAGUUCAGGGUUUAAGCAGUGUGCUCGAGGGAAACAGUCGGCCGGGCUUCUUCCGUGGAGUGGCAACGGUUGUGACAAAGUUGUGGCAUGUAGUCGAGCCGACCCGAGUCUACUUCGGUCAAAAGGACAUUCAACAAGCCAUCAUCCUCCGUGCCCUUCUUACCUCUCUCCUCUUCCAACAUCCCUCCUCCUCGAACCCCCAAGACACUUUCCGUCUAGUUCCCACUACCCGGGACGAAGAAACCGGCCUAGCCCUCUCGAGUCGUAACGCCUAUCUGAGUCCAGACGGGUUGCGCUGGGCUCCUACACUCUAUAGAGCUCUGAGCGCCGCGAGGGACUUGUUUGAGUCUGCUGCCUCUUCGACUUCGGCGGGAGAAGAGGGGGAGAAAGCAGCCCGCCAGGCGAGGAGGAGAGCGGAGGAAAUCGUUGCUCGAGCAAAUGAGGAAGCGCAAGCUGAGGAUCCGCCUAGGGUGAGACUGGAGCUGGACUAUGUCAGUUUCAACUCUGCGGCCACACUUGUUGAGAUUGGAAGCGGGAGUGGUGACAACAAGGAGGAGCUACAACGACGGUCAGCACGGGUCGCAGGAGCUGUAGAAGGAGCAGAAGCAGAAGCAGAAGCAGGAGCAGGAGCGGUCCUUAGUGGCGCCAUGUGGGUCAUUGAAGCAGAGCGACGAACGAGGAUGAUCGACAAUCUCCUCUUGGGAUCUGCAAGGAAACUCCUCAUAGCGUAG